CACGAGGUUGACGUGAGGCGGCGCUUUGGUCAGGGUCUUCACUAGUCUUCGACCAUAUUAACAGGCAUUUGGUUUGUCUCUAUCCCCCACACCAUGCAGAUGUUAUACAUCGCCUGUGCACUAACGGCCCUCGUGGCCCUAUAUAUAUUACUUGCAUUCAUUGGCUGGAGCGAGGAGUCUCCGCCACCGCAGACACCAUCCUCAGGUGCCAUAUGUUCGCCGUCAGAUUCACCAUACAGGGUUACUCCUUCGCAGCAAGGGACAUACUAUCAACCAUUGCACCGCCAGCUCUCGCCGCCGCGUCCAGCAAUCAAAUACCCCCAGACCCCUUUACAAUAUGCCACCGUUCAUGCGCCUUCAAGUUCGCGAUAUUCCACCCAGCAAGCGUCUUCAAGUUCGCAGCACUCGCCAUAUCAGGCCCAUGGCCUGCCGAGCUCACAAUACCCCCCACAAGCCACCACCCCCCUCUUAGCUCGUAAUGCUUCGGUGGCUGGGCCUGUCUGUUACACACCUCAGCAGUCAGGUCGUCCUGCUGCAAGAGUGCCGAAGGUCCCUAUAGCACCUAUAGAAAUUGUCCGCCAUGAACGUCCUGCUGCGAGAGUGCCAGAGGUACCUGUAGCACCCGUAGUGAUUGACCGCCAUGAACGUCCUGCUGCAAGUGUGCUAGAGGUACCUGUAGCGCCUGUAGUGAUUGACCCCCACGAAGACCCCAAGUCUCUGCGUCUCAAAGCCAACCAGGAGGGAGAUCGAAUGAGGAAAUGCUUCAAGGAGAGGAGGGAAGCGAAAGGUAUUAACGUGCGACAGCGCGUUAAGGAGCUCACCCUGAGGGGUGAGGCACACAAAGGAAACAUGAUGCUCCUCGAUAAGGAAGCCAGCGCGAAGAUAUUCCAAGCGCUAUCUGACCUUUUUCAGAAACGCAAACCCAAUACUGUCGAUCUCCACGGACUCUAUGUUCCAGAAGCCCAGUCCUAUUUCAAGGACGCUAUCAAAGAGGCUCAGGACCGUGGAGCAUCGUCACUUUGUGUGAUCGUAGGAAAGGGAAAUCACUCCGAUAACAACGUCCCGAAGAUCAAACCUGCAAUCCAAGAUCUUGGAAAAAGUUUGGGAUUGCCAAUUGAAGUGGACCCUCGCAAUGAUGGCUGCCUUAUUGUGAAUUUCAACUGAACCCAGCGAAUGGCAAUUUUUUCUUGCGAUCUCCGGUCGUGCAGAGUGGUUGUUCUGUGCUGAUGCAAAUGAUCUCCCCUUUUCAUACCAAACUGUGCAUGAUAAGUACUGUAUUUGUCAAAGUGUUCUGGUGCGUGUCACUGUAGACACGUCACAGUGUCA